CGGCGGCGCGGCCCCUGCACUCGGGCCGGGCUCUGCGGGCUGCGGCGGGAGCGGGACCCCGAGGUGGCAGCGGCGCUGGAACAGUGAACCAUGGAGCUGUAUUUCGGAGAAUAUCAACAUGUGCAGCAGGAAUACGGGGUCCAUCUGAGACUUGCAAGUGAUGAAACCAAAAGAUCCAGGAAUUCACAGCACGCUAAGGCAGGCUCCUAUGGCGUCAGUAUUAGGGUCCAGGGGAUCGAUGGCCACCCCUACAUAGUCCUGAAUAACACGGAGCGGUGUCUAGCAGGCACAUCUUUUUCUGAAAAUGGGCCACCAUUUCCAUCUCCAAUGAUCAAUAACCUUCCUCUACAUUCCAGCAAUGGUCCUGUGCUAACAAGGAACAGUGCAGAAUUGCAGCUCCCAGAAAACCCAUAUGCCCAACCCAGCCCAGCAAAAAACCUGAAACAGCCCUCUCUCCACGAGGGCAAGAAUGGAGUUCUAGAUGGCAAAGAUGGGCCCAUGAAGACAUCCCAUGUGCUGAACUUUCAGAAGCAUCCAGAGCUUUUGCAGCCUUACGACCCUGAAAAGAGUGAGUUGAACUUACAAAACCACCAACCUCCUGAGAGUAAUUGGCUAAAAACUUUAACAGAAGAAGAUACCAACAAUAAGAAGCCUUGGACUUGCUUUCCCAAACCCAGCACUUCCCAGCCUACCAGCCCUCCCUUGGAAGACCUGGCCAGAUCCAGUGUGACAGCCAUUCGUUUAUGCAGCUCUGUGGUCAUCGAUGACCCCAAAAAGCAGACCUCGGUGUGUGUGAACGUGCAGAGCUGCACCAAGGAGGGGGUGGGAGAAGAGGCCCUUUCCCCUGGCGGGAGGCCCCUGCCUGCCCACAGCCCACACGCCCACCCCGAAGCCAAGAAAACCAGGCCGGAUGUUCUUCCCUUCCGGCGGCAAGAUUCCGCGGGACCCAUCCUGGACGGAGCUCGGUCCCGGAGGUCGUCCUCGUCAUCGACAACUCCCACUUCAGCCACCUCUCUGUACAGGUUUCUACUGGACGAUCAGGACUGUGCCAUCCAUGCUGACAAUGUCAACCGUCACGAAAACAGAAGGUAUAUCCCCUUCUUGCCAGGAACCGGGCGGGAUAUCGAUACGGGAUCAAUUCCAGGUGUGGAUCAGUUAAUUGAAAAAUUUGACCAAAAACCUGGGCUUCAGAGAAGAGGAAGGUCUGGGAAGCGAAACAGAAUCAGUCCAGAUGACAGGAAAAGAUCCAGAAGUGUGGAUAGUGCCUUUCCGUUUGGUCUCCAGGGGAACCCGGAGUACCUGACUGAAUUUAGUAGGAACUUGGGCAAGUCAAGCGAACACCUCCUGCGGCCGUCCCAGGUGUGCCCGCAGAGGGCACCGGCUCAUGAGCACCGUGGGAGACAAAGCAUGGGCCGCACCUUUGCAAAGCUGCAGGGAGCAGCCCACGGUGCUCAGUGUGCCCACCCCAGGCCUCCCCAGCAGAACAAAAGUGGGAAAGUUCUGGAAACCAAAGGUAGUCAGGAAAGCACAUCGAUUCGUGGGUCUUCCCUCCCAGCGCAGGGUAAAAAGGAGGAGGAAAUAAAAACAGCCACUGCUACGCUGCUCUUACAGAAUCGGGCCGUAGCAACCUCACCUGAUUCUGGUGCCAAGAAAAUUUCUGUGAAGACAUUUCCUUCCACCUCAAAUAUUCAGGCCACACCGGAUCUCUUAAAGGGCCAGCAAGAGCUCACUCAGCAAACCAAUGAGGAGACGGCCAAGCAGAUACUUUACAAUUACCUCAAAGAAGGAAGCACCGAUAAUGAUGAUGCUACUAAAAGGAAGGUCAACUUGGUCUUUGAGAAAAUCCAGACUUUAAAGUCUCGAGCAGCAGGGAAUGCACAAGGAAAUAACCAAGCCUCUAAUUCCUCAUCUGAAAUCAAAGAUCUAUUGGAACAGAAAAACAAGUUGACUGUAGAAGUGGCUGAACUUCAGCAACAGCUUCAACUAGAAGUCAAGAAUCAACAGAACAUCAAAGACGAGAGGGAGAGAAUGAGAGCAAACCUGGAAGCGCUCCGAAGCCAACAUGACACCAAGGUGGAAGAGAACUCCGUGUUGCAGCGACGACUGGAGGAAAGCGAAGGGGAACUCCGCAAGAGCCUGGAGGAGCUGUUCCAGGUGAAGAUGGAACGGGAGCAGCACCAGACUGAGAUCCGGGACCUCCAGGACCAGCUCUCAGAGAUGCACGAUGAACUGGACAGCGCGAAGCGAUCCGAGGACAGGGAGAAGGGGGCUCUGAUUGAGGAGCUCUUACAGGCAAAACAGGAUCUUCAAGAUCUGCUGAUUGCCAAGGAGGAACAAGAAGACCUCUUGAGAAAGCGGGAGCGGGAACUCACUGCCCUGAAGGGAGCCCUGAAAGAGGAGGUGUCCAGCCACGAUCGGGAGAUGGACAAACUGAAGGACCAGUACGACGCCGAGCUGCAGGCCCUGAGGGAGAGCGUGGAGGAAGCCACCAAGAAUGUCGAGGUCCUGGCCAGCCGGAGCCACACUUCAGAGCAAAGCCAGGUGGGGGCUGAAAUGCGUGUGAAGCUUCUGCAGGAGGAGAAUGAGAAGCUGCAGGGAAGGAUUGGAGAGCUGGAGCGCAGAGUCGCUCAGCUUCAGAGGCAGAUUGAUGACAUGAAAGGCGACGAAGCCAAAGCGAAGGAAACGCUCAAGAAGUACGAGGGAGAAAUACGACAAUUAGAAGAGGCCCUCGUGCAUGCCAGAAAGGAAGGAAAAGAAGCUGCAUCAGCCAGAAGGGCCCUGGAGAGCGAACUGGAGGAUGCUCAGAGGAACCUGAUUCGGACCACCCAGGAGCAGAAGCAGUUGUCGGAGAGGAUGAAAGAUGAGACUGAGCAGAAGGAGCAGCUGAGAAGGCUGAAGAACGAGAUGGAGAGCGAGCGGUGGCACCUGGACAAGACCAUCGAGAAACUGCAGAAGGAGAUGGCCGACAUUGUUGAAGCCUCCCGCACAUCCACGCUGGAGCUGCAGAACCAGCUGGAUGAGUACAAGGAGAAAAAUCGCAGGGAGCUUGCGGAAAUGCAAAGGCAGUUGAAGGAGAAAACCCUAGAGGCAGAAAAGUCCCGACUGACAGCCGUGAAAAUGCAGGAGGAGAUGCGUCUGAUGGAGGAAGAGUUACGGGACUACCAGCGAGCUCAGGAUGAAGCGCUCACGAAAAGGCAGCUCCUGGAGCAGACGCUGAAGGACCUGGAGUACGAGCUGGAGGCCAAGAGUCACCUCAAAGAUGACCGCGGCAGACUGGUCAAGCAGAUGGAGGACAAGGUGUCUCAGCUGGAGAUGGAACUGGAAGAAGAAAGAAACAACUCGGAUUUGCUGUCGGAGAGGAUCUCUCGGAGCAGGGAACAGAUGGAGCAGGUGAGGAAUGAGCUGCUUCAGGAGAGAGCCACGAGGCAAGACCUGGAGUGCGACAAGAUUUCCUUGGAGCGACAGAACAAGGACUUAAAGAGCCGCAUCGUCCACCUGGAAGGUUCCUAUAGAUCCAGCAAAGAGGGGCUGGUGGUGCAGAUGGAGGCCAGGAUCGCGGAGCUAGAGGACCGUCUCGAGAGCGAGGAGAGGGACCGGGCCAACCUGCAGCUCAACAACCGGCGGCUGGAGCGGAAAGUGAAGGAGCUGGUGAUGCAGGUGGACGAUGAGCACCUGUCACUGACGGAUCAGAAGGACCAGCUGAGCUUGCGCUUGAAAGCAAUGAAGCGGCAGGUGGAGGAGGCUGAAGAGGAAAUUGACAGACUGGAAAGUUCUAAGAAGAAGCUGCAGAGGGAGCUGGAGGAGCAGAUGGAUGUGAACGAACAGCUGCAGGGGCAGCUCAACUCCAUGAAGAAGGACUUGAGACUUAAGAAGCUGCCCAGCAAAGUGCUGGAUGACAUGGAUGACGAUGAUGACCUCAGCACAGAUGGGGGGAGCCUCUAUGAGGCACCGCUGAGCUACACCUUCCCCAAGGACAGCGCCACCAUCAGCCAGAUCUGAGACUGCUUCCACAGCCAUUGAAGUGGCCGUCAUUCCUGGCAGGAGCUCUGCAGCCGCCCAGGGCUGGCUGCAGAGACCCAUUGCCUCCUGUUCACACAGCUUCCCAGUUCUUCAAUGCUGCCUUCCUCCCCGGGGUCUCUCCAUGGGGCUCAGGGAGCUGCUGAAGUUUAAGAUGAUCGGAUGCCUGAGGAGUGGGGGCCGCUACCCGUUGGGGUGUUCUGGAAAACAUGCUUUGGUUCUGCACCGCCGUCUGCCGUCACCGUUUGCAUUGCUUCUCCUGCUCUCCUCCUUCCUCCUCCCUCCUCCCUCCUCUCUCCUCCCUCCUCCCGCCAAGAAAAAGGGUCCAAAGGCUCGUUGUUACUGAGCAGCUGUGGUGCAGAGGUUGUACAUAUUUUAAACCAGCCCCUCUCCCAGGCUGCUGCUGUUCCGUUUGCAGUGUUACAGAGGCUUCGCAGGGUGGCUUAUUUGUAAAGUUCACACAUCUGUGUCAAGUAUUCUUUUUUAAAAUAUGAAGCUACUAGAUUUUAAGUAUUAAGGAGCAGAGGUGAGAGGGAGAAAGCAGACUAAAGACCGCUUUGGGAACUGGAGUUGGAGAGAAGGAAUUGUAGUGAUAGUGGACGAUUAACACUGAGGAUGGAAGUUCAGAUGAUCGGGCAAACGACUCGCUGGCAGAGGGAGAGAAAGUCAGAAGGUCACUCGUGUCUGUGGGCUGCAGCUAUGGCCUUGGUUGCUUAUUUUAUCUAGAAUUUUAUUAUAACUUCUGAACCAUGCUAAGACCAAUUCUCACUCACCAACUGCAAUUCCUUUACAUGGCAGGGAGGAGGAGACUUAUCGGUGAGGUGUUUAUCGAAUGCUGUGGUUUCUGGAAGGACAAGGCCCUCUUGUGUCUUGCUGGCCCUGCCCUCCCAUAGCAGGCCUCCCGGCUAUACCCCUGGGGCCCCUGGUGAGGUGGUGGUGGGAUGGGGGACUGGGAGGGUGUGGGGGAUGAGGGUCAUGGGGCAGGUCAUGGGGGAAGGGAGAUGAGAGAGGGGACAGGCAGGCAGGUAUGGGUGUGGGGAUGGAUGUGAGAAGGAAGCCAGAGAAGUUCCUGAAAGCUGGGGGGAUGUGUAGGCAAGAGGUGGGUUUAGUGGGAUCUCAGGUUUAUGUCAAGGAAGCGAGGGAAGGAAACAGAUGUCAGGCAGAGGUGUGUCUGUGCAAACUGGAGGUUUCCUUCCAGCUUCCUGGGACAAAGGGACAUCGCCAGCAGCGGCCAUGUGACUGGGAAGGGGUGUGGUCUGGGGGCAAGGCCAGGUGGCUGGGGUGGAAUCACAGGGACCGUGGCAUUGGGAGAAUGCAGGGCAUCCUGGUACUUCCUCUUGGCCUUCCUGUGUCACCUUGCACCAGGACAGUCCCCAGGCGUGGCCACAGGCCAGGUCCAGUCACAGCUGGGCCUCCACAGGUCAGGGUAGGGGGCAGAUAGCUCAGUAGGGAAGUGGCCAGGGAGAGGGCCCUGUGGGUUGGUCCCAUGUGUGGGGCAGAGAUGGCAGUGUUCAGCUGUGUCACAGUGUCCCCAAGCAUCCCAAUAGACGGAGGCCUGUGGACCAGAGAACUCCAUGACUGUUGCCAUGGGGUCCCACCUACCCUGGGUCACAGAGCCCAUCUGCAGGAUUCAGAGAGGUCAGCCCAGUUUAAGAGUGGGCGUCUGGAGCCAGAGAGCCAAGCCUUCUUCCACCUCUGCCAGAGUCACCCCAACCACAACCGGGGGUGAUUCUUGCCUCUGCUUACUCAUUGGAGGUGUGGAGAGAUUCCUCCCUUUAGCCAUCCAUUCAUUUAGCAAAUAUUUUUUGGCACCUAUGAUGUGUCAGGCACUGGGAAUAUGGCAGUGAAUAAAACAGGUAAAACGCCCCCCACUCCUGGAGCUGCAUCUGGGGAAGGGGUGAUAGACAAUAAUCAAAGACAUCGACACAGGCUGAGCACCUCUGCACACAGCCCUGGAGCCCCUCUGUCCUCUUGGGGACAUGACAAGCCUGGCUCACUGGAACUCACAGAGAUUCUUUGACCCCCCCCCCCCAAUCUGUUCUUUAUUUGCCUGGGGCUCCCACUAUCAUUAUAUAUUUGCCAAUAACCCUGCCUAGGAAUGCCUCAGCCCCGCCCCUAACCAGAGCGGUGGGAUACUACAGGUGCAAGGCCUUUGGGAUGAGUGUCUGCUGGGUGAGAAGGCAGCUGCCCCCCAUUCCGGCCAAUUCUUUCUGGUGCCGCGAGGCUGCUACAGGAAGCAGAACCAUCCGUGCAAAUUGAAGAGAGGUCACCAUUCAAAACACUUGUGUCAUCCCCCUAAAAAUAGGCUGUUGUAAAUUCUAACGAUCGUGCUACCCUGCACUGCCACAGAGCUGGCAGCGAGCUGGACGUGCAGUGUGGCAGGCGGGAAGGACACUGGCCUGGAAGUUGAGAGAGGGGUUUUCAAGUCCCUACUGGUGUCCCCUCCCUAGUGACCUUGACAGGGCGCUCGCUUGCGCUCAGAGCCGUGGGUCGCCUGGGACGAGGUGAGGAUUAGGGCCUGAGGUCCUUUCCACAUCUAACAUGAUAUCUUUCUUUGAUUUUAUUAUUAACAUAUGUACAUUUUUUUCCUGUUUAUUGCUUUAAGAACUAACCCUGCUCAAGAGUUUUUUCUUUAGUUUAAAAAGAAAAAAAUUAUUUUAUGUACAAACACAUACAUGGCCAAAUGCAAUGCAGAGAAGACAAUCAUCAUGUAUCUUUUAUAAUUUUUUCCCCCUGCUUCUGAGUAUCAUUCUACAACGCCAGUUGGCUUAUUCUGUUGGGUUUCUGCUUUUUGGGUGUGGGUUGGUGGCUUUGCGUUGGCUUGGGGAAGAGACAUUCUUGUUGCAGCUACCUCCAUGUGAGUGAAUUCCUGGAUAAAGCAAGACUUACUUUCAAUAAACUCUGUCACCCAGCGAGAA